AUGCUUUGGCAUAGGUUCAGUGUCCUGGAGCCACCGGAGCCGCUGGUGGUGGAACUCCAGCGUAAGCUGAACAACUUCUUCUGGUCGGGUCAGCAUUGGAUCCCGGCGCCCGUCCUAUACCUACCAGUGUGUGAAGGUGGUCAGGGCCUGGUGGACCUUCGAAGCCGCCUGUCUGCCUUCAGGCUACAUGCUGCACAAAGGCUCCUCUACGACAGCGAGGUAGUGUGGGGACCUGUAGCAUGCUCUCUUUUGAGACAGUCGUCACCCUUGAACUAUGAGAAGCAGCUGUUUUUAAUGAGGGAACACGAACAACACUGGGGCACGCUCCCUGCGGUGUACCACUCCAUGCUGAAAGCGUGGGUUUUGACUUUCAAAGUGCGGAGGACGGACAGCUCUUUGACGGAAUGGCUUCUGGGGGAGCCAUUGUUUUUCAACCCCUGCCUGAGGAGCAGAUUCUUUUCGUCAGCAAGUGUCCGGAACAGACUGUCUUCCAUGGGAUGUACCGUUUUGGCGCACCUGAGGGAUGGAACUGAAUGGAUGACGGCAAGCCAGCUGCAGCGCGUCACCGGGAUGUGCUCCUUGAGAGUCCUGGAGGGGAUUCUUGAGGAGGUCCGACACCCCAUCCCACCACCACCACCACCACACCCCCCAACACCACCCCCAGUGUUCCUCUCACACAUAACAAUCCGUGAGGAGUGGUACCUGUGCCGCCUGACGCUGGCGCUGCCCAGCCAGAGUGAGCUGCAGUGGGGCAUGUUCCCCGCCCCCUACCUGGCCGCCGUGGGACCCGACGCCAGCCCCGGCACCCUGGUGUACCGCCUCAUUGCCCAGCGGGGCGACGGAACACCCACCACCACCGCACCCCACUUCCUGCUGCUGGAGGGAGGCGAGGAGUGUUUCGAGGUGGACCGGAGCUCCGGGGAGGUGAGGGCCACGGGCCGGCCGCUCAGCCCAGGAAAGGAGUACCUUCUCUGGGUACAGCUGGUGGACGCGCAGGGCCGGCGGGGGCCCCAGACCUCCGUCUCCAUCCUGGCCGGCUACCGCCCCCCACAGUUCACCAACUCCUCCUACGUCGCCUACGCACCCGAGAACACGCCAGCCGGACAGCCCGUUGCCAUGGUGCAGGCGGUGUCGUUCCAGCAGAAGAGUCUGUCCUACAGGCUGCUGGUGAACCCGGGUAACCUGUUCAGUGUUAACCAGGAGAGCGGCGCCCUGAGUCUGACCCGAGCAGUGGACUACGAGACCGGACAACACAUGCAUCAUCUGCAAGUGCGCGCCGCAGAGCCCGACACGGGACUGAGCAGUGUGGCCGAGGUGGUGGUCCACAUUACGGAUGAGAACGACUGCACUCCCGAGUUCCUGCACUCCAUCUACAGUCGAGAUAACAUCCCCGAGUCCAUCCCUCCCGGCACCUCCCUCUUACAAGUAUUAGCUCGAGACUGUGACACGGGCCUGAAUGCUGAGAUCUCCUACGUCAUCCAGAGUUCGGACUUCGACAUCAGCGGUCAGGGCGUGGUGAGCCCGGCGCGCGCCCUCGACUACGAACGGCCCAAUCACAUGUACGAGUUCCUGGCCAUGGCUGUGGACAAGGGCACGCCCCCACGCACAGGCACCGCCUCCAUUCGCAUCCGAUUGGCCAACGUCAACGACGAGGCACCCGUCUUCUCCCAGGCCGUCUAUAAGACCUUCCUGUCGGAGGACGCUGGUCCUGAGACCCUGGUGGCCAUCGUGCACGCCAAGGACCCGGACGGGGACACCGUCACCUACGCCAUCACCGGCGGCAACGAGGACAGCAACUUUGAACUCGACAACCAGAAGGGCAUCAUCAAGCUUCGCCGCAGUCCUCCUCCAACGCUGCGUGGGCCGCAGUACAUCCUGGACGUCACGGCAACAGACGACAACAGCGCCGGAGGGCCACUCCCACUCAGUAGCUCCGCCCAGGUCAUCGUGGGCAUCAAUGACAUCAACAACAACAAGCCUGUCUUCGAUGAGUGUCAGAACUACAGUGUGAGCACGGCGGUGUUGGAGAACCAGCCCCCGGGGACGUUCGUGCUGCGAGUUCACGCCCAGGACGCCGACAUCGGCCUGAACGGAGACGUCAAGUACGGAAUCAUGCAGCGCGACGGGGCCUCGUCCGGGUUCGCCAUCGACCCAGACACAGGUGUGAUCAGCACGGCCUUGACCUUUGACCGGGAGCGUCAGCGGGAGUACAGCCUGUCCGUCACGGCGACCGACCAGGCGGAGGAGCCGCUCAUCGGCAUCUUCCAGAUCACCGUGGUGAUCGCCGACCAGAACGACAAUGACCCCAAGUUCGAGAACAGUCGCUACCAAUACUUCCUGCGUGAGGACACCCCGGUGGGCACCAGCUUCCUGCGGGCCGCGGCCCACGAUGACGACCAGGGCACCAACGCCGCCAUCAGCUACUCCCUCUCCCACCAGAAGCCGGCGUACCUGCAGAUCAACCCCACCACAGGCUGGGUGUACGUCAACCACCCCAUCUCACAGACGUCCCGUAUCACCCAGAAGAUUGUGGCCACUGAUGGUGGUAACCGCAGCAGUCAGGUGGACCUGAGUGUCACCAUCACCAACGUCCACAACCAGCCGCCCCAGUGGGACCAGCCCGAGUACUGGGUCACCAUCCCCGAGAACACUGUCCGCGACCACAAGAUAGUGACCAUAAAGGCGACGUCUCCCCUCGGUGACCCCCGGGUGACCUAUAACCUUGAGGAGGGCCUGGUUCCAGAGACCAACAUGCCUGUGCGCUUCUACCUGAAGCCCAACCGUGGUGAUGGAUCGCCCUCCAUCUUGGUAGCCGAGUCGCUGGACUACGAGACAACACGCUUCUUCAUCCUGAGAGUUCGGGCCCAGAAUGUGGCGGCCGUGCCCCUGGCUUCCUUCGCCACCGUCUACGUCAACCUGACAGAUGUGAAUGACAACGUGCCGUUCUUCAUGACGUCUACCUACGAGGCCACAGUUCCGGAGGGGGCGGAGAUCGGAACCUCAGUAGCCCAGGUGUCGGCCUCAGAUCUGGACACAGGAGCACACGGCCAGGUGAACUAUGUGAUCCUGAAGGACCAGAGCGGUGACUCCCAGUUCUUCAGCAUCAACUCCCAUACGGGCGUCGUCCACACGCGCGCCACCUUCGACCGCGAGCAGAAGAGCUCCUACCUGAUCGAGGUGCAGUCCCAGGACGGAACGGAGUCUGCCCGGCCCGGACAGAACGGACAGCCCAACACCGACACGGCCUACGUGCGGAUCUUCGUGACGGAUGUGAACGACAACGCUCCAUCCUUCUCACAGCCCGUUUACGAGACCAGCGUGGAGGAGGACAAGGAGGUGGGCUUCAUCGUCAUGACAGUCACCGCCAACGACGAAGACGAAGGUGCCAAUGCCAAGCUGCGCUACCAGCUGACGGCGGGCAACACCAUGGGCUCGUUCGACGUGGACCCCGAGGUGGGCACGCUGUACGUGGCCCAGAAGCUGGACUACGAGCGCGUGCAGCGCUACGAGCUGCGGCUGGUGGCCUCGGAUGGGAAGUGGGAGAACCAGACCACGCUGGUGGUCAACGUCAUCAACCAGAACGACGAGGUGCCCGUCUUCGACCAAUCAGAGUACUACGCCAGCGUCAUUGAGGAGCUGACCGACCUGCCCAUCCUCGCCCUACAGGUGUCCGCCACGGAUCCGGACCAGGAGGCGGACCAGAGCGCGCUGCGCUACUCGCUGCACGGCCAGGGCGCGGGGAGCGAGUUCACCAUCGAGGAGCUGAGCGGCCGCAUCUACGUCCAGAAGAAGCUGGACCGCGAGGAGCGCUCCGCAUGGCGCUUCCUGGUGCUCGCCACCGACGAGAACGGCGCCGGGCUCACGGGCUUCGCCGACGUCCUGCUGGAGGUGCGAGACAUCAACGACAACGCGCCGGCCUUCCUGUGUUCCACGGACAGCUGUUUCGUGGGCAGCGUUCCCGAGAACUCGCCGGCCGACACCUCCAUCAUGGAGAUGCGCGCCACCGACCUCGACGACCCCAAAGCCGGCAAGAACGCGGCGCUCACCUACCGCAUCGUGCAGAACGUCCGCAACGACAUCAACCUCAACCUCUUCUCCAUCAACCCCAACACCGGCACCAUCUACACCGUGCUGCGCUCCCUCGACAGAGAGGUGGAGGGUCGUUACCUGGUGGUGGUGGAGGCUACUGACGGAGGGGGUCUGACGGGGACGGGCACGGCCACCAUUUUAGUGUCAGACGUCAACGACCACGCGCCCGCCUUCAGCCAGCAGCUGUACGUGGCAUCCAUCCCAGAGGACCUGGAGCUCAACAGUGAGGUGCUGGUGGUGGCGGCCACCGACGGGGACGAGGGCGAGAACGCGGCGGUGACCUUCAGCAUCGUCGGCGGUGACGAGGACAGGAAGUUCUUCGUGGAGACGGACAAGGUGAACCGACGCGGUGUCCUGCGACUGCAGAAGAAGAUCGACUUCGAGAAGCCGCACGAGCGCAGCUUCAACCUCACACUCAAGGUGGAGGAUGCCGACUUCUACAGCACAGCCCACUGCGUCAUCCAGGUGGAGGAUUCCAAUGACCACGCCCCCGUCUUCUUCCCGCAGUUCUACGAUGCCGGCGCUAUGUUGGAAGACGUCCCUGCCGGAACCAUCGUGGCCCAGGUGACGGCUAUGGAUCUGGACUCGGGUCAGAACGGGAAGUUCUCCUACAGCAUCGCCCCGGAGUCGGAUCCGUACCAGCAGUUCGUGGUGGACAAGAGUGGCUGGGUGGUGGUGUCGGAGCCGCUGGACCGGGAGAAGGUGUCCCAGCACCGCCUGAUGGUCCUGGCAGUGGACAUGGGCGAGCCCGCGCUCACCGGCACCGCCAUCGUCAUGGUGACCGUGCAGGACAUCAACGACAACGGGCCGGAGCUGGAGGCCGCGUACCGGCCGGUGGUGUGGGAGAACUCGGCGGCGCCGCAGCCCGUACGCAUGAACGACACCUCGCUACUGCUCAACGCCGUGGACCGCGACGCGCCCCCUAACGGAGGACCCUUCACCAUACGCCUGCUGCAGCUCACGCAGGACGCCACCAGCUUCAACUUGACGGACCUGCGUAACGGCAGUGCCCUGCUGACGGCGCUGCGCUCCUUCGACCGCGAGCGCCAGAAGCAGUACCUGCUGCCCCUCCUCAUGAUGGACAGCGGAGACCCGCCCAUGAGCGCCACCUCCACCCUCACCGUCGUCAUCGGCGACCGCAACGACCACGCACACCUGCCGGGACACACCAAGUUCAUCGUCUACAGCUACGAGGGUCUGCUCCCCACCACUGUGCUGGGCCAAGUUCAAUCCCCCGACCCCGACGACUGGAGUGAGAAGGUGUACCAGUUUGAAGGGAAGAACCACAGGUCGUUCAGUCUGAACCGUAACAGCGGCCAGCUGAGCAUCAGAGAGGGGACCCCUCCUGGCAUCUACGAUCUGGAGGUGCGCGUGAGCGACAAGAGCUGGCCUGACGUCACCUCCAGCGCCCAGGUCACCGUCUCGGACCUGAAGGAGGAAGCCGUGAGGAACGCAGGAUCCCUCAGGCUGGCCAACCUGACGGUGGAGGAGUUCUUCCAGGGGGGUCGGGGUUCUGGUCAACAGAGCUGCUAUGCGCGCCUGCGUCGACUACUGGCCGAGAUCCUGCAGACCGAGACGGAGUGUGUGCUCAUCUUCAGUGCAGCCAACGCCACCAGCCAUGACGCAAACACACGCCAGCUCAACGUCUGGUUCGCCGCACACGGAUCCCCGUACUACAAGACGGAGAAGCUGCACGGAUACGUGGCUACUCACAAGGCCAAGCUGGAGUCGUCUCUGGGCGUGGCCAUCUCCCAGGUGGGCGUGGACGAGUGUGCGUAUGCGGACUGCGGCCUGACGGGCGGCUGCAGCAGCCGGGUGCUGUUCAGCGAGACGCCGCGCGUGCUGAGCCACGGCAACACCUCGCUGGUGUCCCUCGCCGCCUCCUCCGUGGCCCAGUGCGGAUGCCAGGCCCGAGACAGCCUGCACCUCGCCUGCACCUCCUACCCCAGCAACCCCUGCCUGAACGGGGGCACCUGCCUCGACAGCGAGCUGGGAUACAGGUGUAAAUGUCCUCCGAUGUUCGACGGCCCCGAGUGUCAACAGACCAAGCACAGUUUCCAGGGUAACGGCUACGCGUGGUUCCCUCCCAUGAGGCCGUGCUUCCAGAGCCACGUCUCCCUGGAGUUCAUCACCGAGGCCCCCAACGGCCUGCUGCUCUACAACGGGCCCCUGGCCGCCCCCCAGCCCGGGGACCCCGAAGACUUCAUCGCACUCGAGUUAAAGAAUGGUGUCCCCUCUCUGAGCAUCAACCACGGCUCCGGUACCCUCACGCUGCAGCUGCCCCCCAGGGCCACCGUCACCGACCGUCGCUGGCAUCGUCUAGACAUCAUCAGCGACGGCAAGACGGUGCAGCUGGUCCUGGAUCAGUGUUCGGGGGCGCCGGUGAACGAGGUGGAGGGCAGAGGGGUGGACAUGCUGGAGAUGGACCAAUCAGCAUGCAAGACCUCCGCAGACACACCUGGCAACCUCAAGUACCUGAAUGUGAACCAGCCUCUGCAGGUGGGAGGAGUGAAGGAGAUCCACCCGUACCGCCACACUCAUCCGCACUACAAGGGCUUCAUAGGGUGCCUGAGGAACCUGCUGGUGGACAGCCAGGUGUAUGACCUGGGCAACCCGGCUGAGAGUGUGAACAGCACCCCGGGCUGCAGCCUGACGGACGGCGUGUGUGUGACGGCGGGGGGUCCUUCCUGUGGCGUCCACGGCAAGUGCCUGGGGGAGUGGGGCUCCUUCAGCUGCGACUGCCACUCCGGAUACACCGGACACAAGUGUGAGAAAGUGUUGCCUGAUUGGUCGUUUGAGGCGGACAGUUUGCUGCGCUACCAGUUGAGGGCGGUAGGGAGCCCGCGGUGGACCCACGCCCAGCUGCUGCUGCGCACACGCUCGCCCUCCGCCACCCUGCUCAGCAUGGCCUCACGCGACGCCAACGAGUACAUCAUCUUAGAGAUCGCUGACGGCUACCUGACCGUCCAGGCCAACCUGGGUGACGGCGCCCACUCCUUGCGCCUGAUUGGUCAGCGCGUGGACGGCGGCCAAUGGGUGGUGGCCAGCCUGCUGCGCCAUGACAACGUGUUCACGCUGCGUCUGGAGCGGGGCGGGGGGUCGCGAGAGGUCACGGCCACGCUGGGCCAGCGCAGGGAGAUCACCGUCCACCCCUCCAGCGUGUUGCUAGGCAACGCAGCCUCCAGCGGGCCCCUCACCGACUUCCAAGGCUGCAUGCGUGACGUGCGUCUAAAUGGCCAUGCGUUGCCUCUGGACGGCCAGAGCACGGAGUUCAGCACGGUGCUGGAGAGGCGGGGCUUGACGUCCGGAUGCCACUCGGACUCCUGCAGUGCCAAGCCCUGCAACACACCCCUCUACUGCGUAGACCUCUGGAGGAAACAUGAGUGCAGGUGUCCGUCGGGUCAGGUUCUGGUGGUGGACGAUGCGUCGGGUCUCCAGCGCUGUGCCCCGUCCCCGUGCCGCACCUCGCCGUGCCGUAACGGCGGUACCUGCGUUGCCCAGUCCACCAAGAGCUACCAGUGCCGCUGUCCGGAGGGCUUCCGGGGCCAGUGGUGCGAGGCGGGCCGCGGAAUCAGGGCCCCCCGCCUGUCAGCUCUCAGCCCCAGCUCCAUACUCGCCAUCAGCAUGUGCCUACUGGUCUUCUUCGCCGUGCUGGUUGCCGUGACGGUGUGGAAUCAGAAGGGCAGUCGUAAUAAGUUCCGGAAGCGUGGCGUGUACCACAUCCCCGCCGAGCACCAGAGCUGGGAAGACAUCCGGGAGAAUAUCCUGAACUACAACGAGGAGGGCGGAGGAGAACAAGACCAGAAUGCGUAUGACAUCACAGAGUUGAAGCGUCCGCUGUGCUCCAGUCUGUCCCAGUCCUCCUCCUGCACCACGGCCCCCCUCAUCAAGUCCUCUCAGGGCUCCCAAGAGGAGGUGCACCCCCCCCAGGCACAGACGGGGACGGGGACGCGGGCGCAGACCCCCCAGCUGGGCCACCCUCCGCACCAGUGCCCCAUGGACUUCAAGAGCUACGUGGCGCGCAUCAUCUGGGAGGCCGACAACGACAGCCUGGCGCUGCCCCUCGACACCUACCGCCUCUACUGCGUGGAGGGCGGGGCCGAGUCCAGCACGGGCAGCCUGAGCUCUCUCGGCUCCGCCCUGAACGAAAUGGCGUUCAGUUAUGAGAGCCUGAGGCGCUGGGGGCCCAAGUUUGAGCGUCUGAGCGAGCUGUACCGCCGACCGGAGCAGCCGACGCCGAGCCAGCGGGACGCGGUGAGGAGCCCCACGCCCAACGCCAACCUCAUGCCUAACGCCAACCUCAACGCCAACCUCAUGCCUAACGCCAACCUCAGCUCCCUCUGCUCCAGUCGCAGCCCAACCCCCACCCAGGCACAGGCCCAAGCCCAGGCACAAGCCCAGGCUCAAGCCCAGGCACGUGGGCGACGUGAGGAGCCCCACUGCUAACCCCAACCUUAACUUCAACC